GCGCCUAACCUUUUUUAAAGCCUUUGGUCUGCCCCUUGUGCCUGUUUUGACACACUUUUUUUACUUUACAUUCAAUAAUUUUUCUAGUUUCAUCGAGAUUUGUCAAGAAAAAAAUCACGAUUCGCCUUACAAUGUUCACAGUAAAAAGGUUGAUGUAAAAUCGGGAAAUAGAAGCGCCAAAGAAAAAUGUAAAACUUGAUUUCGCGCCAAAAAACCAGUUCUACUAUAAAAGCAAAAGCGCGCCAGACCACCUUCAUUCCCUCUUAUAUUUUUGCCUUCUUCCCCAAAUCUACGUUGUAUUUCCAAAACCCAUAUCUACCAUCAUUGAUCAAAACCCACAUGGAUACAGAACACGUGGCUGAUCGGCACAAAGUCCCAUCAGUUAUCGGUGAGCCCACCAAUUCCGAUCAAGAAAUUCCGACGGCCGUGACGGUUAAGCGGACGAAUACAAGCUCCGGGGCUCGCGUUUCGACUCUUAUCAAGCAAAAGUGCAUUGAGGAUUUUGAUGAAGUUGCGGAAAGUCGAAGCACUUUGAUUCCGGAGCCUAAGGUCAAGAGGGUAAAGAAGGAAGUUCCUGACUGUGAACUGGUGUCAGUGCAACAGGUGAGACCUCAGAAUUUGGAGGAUGGCGAUUUCAAGAUUGAGCCGGAUUGGUUCUUGGUGGGAAGCACAUCGGUUUCUGCGGUUUCGACUAGUAAAGGCAUGAAAUUGUUGGACAAUGAGAUUGUUCAUCUCUCUUUUCCUUCCUCAAAUUCCAGCUACAAAACCCAAUGGAUUGUUCGUUUUUCGACGAAAAGAUCAGGAGAGAUUGGUCGGUUUCCAAUGGAAUGGGCAAAAUGUGUUGUUCCUCUUGUGAAUUCGGGUAAGGUUAAAGUCCUUGGGCGGUUUAUGGGUGUGCCGAAAUUCCUAUCUAUGAUGCAAGAGAUCAUAUUGUCCGUAAGUUUUUAUGUUCAUCAUUCAAUUUCCGCUGCUGUUGAGGUGUCUUCAUGCAAGCGAGAGGAUUCUUAUCCUUUUCUCACCUUGUUCAAAUUGCUGAAACUCCAACCAUAUCAGAAGUGUGAUCUGGAUGAAGCUGUCAAACAAAGAAAGGGUAGCCAACAGUAUACAUUAGAAAACAGAGACGAAGAAGCCACUUCAGAGUCUUCUCUAAAUAACGUUGGUGGUGCUGCAGAUGCGUGUAACUUGAAGGAGAAGGAACCCCCAAGUACUCUCAAGUUUAAUCUGAGGCCAUACCAGAAACAAGCACUCCAUUGGAUGUCAGAAUUUGAGAAGGGGAUUGAUGUUGAGAAGUCAGCACCAACUCUUCAUCCUUGCUGGGAGGCCUAUCGUAUAUGUGAUGAGAGGGCUUCUUUCAUCUAUGUGAACAUGUUCUCAGGGGAGGCAACCACACACUUACCAACUGCAACAGAAACGCCAAGAGGAGGAAUUCUAGCAGAUGCAAUGGGACUGGGGAAGACGGAAAUGACAAUUGCUCUAAUACUUGCAAGACCAAGGAGAGGAAACUCUGAUAGUAUUGAAAUUACUAAGAAGAGAAAGAUAGAUCCAGAUACAGUGACAACAUUAAAGCCAAAGGGAGGCACUCUUGUUGUCUGUCCUAGUGUGCUCAAGUGGAAGGAUGCGCUUAAAACCCAUUCAGAGUCAGAAAGUAUUUCCACUUUGGUCCAUGUUUGGAGAACCAUCAGCCCCGUGGUAAUUUCAGAACAAGAUGUGGUCUUGACUGACUAUGAUUUUCUGAUUGAUGAUUAUUAUACGUAUGGCGAGAACAGUGUUUUACACCAGGUUGACUGGUAUAGGGUGGUGCUCGAUGAAGCUGAUACUCUUGGAUCUUCAAGGGCAAAAAAAGCUGCUAAGGUUGCUUCUAUGUUGUCCUCUCUUUGCCGAUGGUGGUUGACAGGAACCCCUCUUAAGAUUGAUUUGGAAGACAUCUACAGCCUCUUAUGUUUCUUGCAUGUUGAGCCAUGGAGCUACUGGGCAUGCUGGAAGAAAUUAAUUCAGACACCUUAUGAACAUGGUGAUCCAAGAGGAUUGAGAUUGAUAAAGGACAUUUUGAGGCCAUUGAUGUUAAGAAGAACAAAGAAGGCAAAGGAGAAAGAUGGAAGCCCCAUACUCAUUCUUCCUCCUGACAUUGAAACCAUUGAGUGUCAUCAGUCUGAAGCUGAACAAGAGUUCUAUGAUGCCCUUUUUAAGAGAUCAAAAGUUCUGUUUGACCAGUUUGUGGCACAAGGCAAGGUUCUUCACAACUAUGAAAAUGCCCUUGGGCUACUGCUUUGUUUAAGGCAGUGUUGCAACCACCCAUUUUUUGUUUCAAGUCAGCAUGAUUCACAAAACUUUGCAGACUUGGACAAGCCUGCUAGAAGAUUCCUUGAAACCCAUCAUGAUUCUCCAAGUUCAGAUCAGAUUCUCCCCACCCAAUUACAUGUCGGAGAGGUUGUUGAGCGUAUCUGUCGGGUUGGAAAUACAGUGUGUCCCAUAUGCUUGGAUUGCACAUAUGAUCCUGUACUUACACCAUGUGGACAUAAGAUGUGCAGGGAGUGUCUGUUCUCAAGGUGGGAGAGACAGAGAUGGGCCCUUGGUCGUUUUGGCAUUAAUCAAUGCCAAGUAUGUUGGGAUUGGAUGGACAAAACUGAGCUCAAAACUUGCACAUUAGAAAACUGCUUCCAGGUUGGAGUUGAGGAAAACUGGAAGGAGUCUUCUAAGGUUUCAAAGCUCUUGGACAUCUUGGAACAAAUUCUUCAGUCAGGUUCUGAUGAAAAGUGCAUCAUUUUCAGUCAGUGGACUUCAUUUUUGGAUCUCUUGGAGAUCUCUAUGAAGAGAAGAAAUAUCGUGUUUCAGAGGAUUGAUGGCAAUCUGUCAGAGGAUAAGAGGGAUAGGAUUUUGAAGGACUUCAGCCUUUACCGCACCAAAGAUAAACAGGUCUUGUUGAUAUGUUUAAGAACUGAAGCUGGUUACGACUUAAGUGCAGCAUCUAAUAUUUUUUUAACGGAUCCAUGGUGGAAUCCGGCUGCCGAGGAGAAAAUACUAAUGAGAAUUAUACGCAGUAGACAACAUCCAACUGUGGUUAGAAGAUUUAUUGUCAAGGACACAGUGGAGGAACGCAUGCAACAGCUUCAGUCUAGAAAGCAGCAAAUGAGUGUGGAAGUUGUCCCUGUUGAGAAAGAUCGAUCGGCCAGAAUUGAGGACCUCAAAAUGAUUUUCAGAUGAAUUAUCCAUAUAUAUAGGACAUAAGUUGGAAACAACUAGUCACAC